AUGGCUCUUUAUCUUUGUCUCCCUCUGCUGGUGGCACUCCUGCAUCCUGCUCUGUGUCUCUAUAACUGCUCUUCCGAGUAUGAGAGGACACCAGACAGCUCAGACUUGAUGGUGGACUGUGGAACCAACAUGAUCACCCUGGAGAUCAACCUGUGCACGGCUCAGUGGGCAGGCUUCAACACCACAAACCUGGCUCUGAACGGGGCCCACAACAACAUGGCGUGCAUGGGCACCGUCGACACCAGCGUGGCCCCCCCAGUCAUUCGUUACCUUCUCCCUGUCAACCACAGUCUGGAUAACUCCUGUCGCCAGUCUCUGCAGAUUGUCGACAAGACCCCGGAUCCCACAGGUCCCUUCGCCAGCUUCCAAAACAUCCAGGCAGUUGUCAUCACAGGCUUCAUUGACACACCCAGAUCUGACCAGGGGCUGAUCAGCUACUCCACUGACCUCUACUAUCACUUCUCCUGCACCUACCCACUGGAGUACCUCAUCAACAAUACACAGAUUGUGGCCUCCUCUGUCUCGGUGGCGACCAAGGAUAACAAUGGAACAUUCAUUAAUGCAUUGGAAAUGGCUGUUUUUAAUGACUCAGACUACACCAACCCGUUAGUGUUGCCUCCAGCAGGUCUCCAGCUGCGAACCAGGAUCUAUGUGGAGGUCAAGGCCGUCAACCUCACAGGAAAUUUCCAUGUCCUGCUGGAUCACUGCUUCAGUACUCCCACUACUUACAACAUGUCGCUCAACGAGCAGCACAACUUCUUCGUCGGCUGUUCAGUGGACCAGAGGUCAAAGGUGACAAGCAAUGGCCUUUCCAUGGUCGCCAGGUUCGACUUUGAGGCUUUCCGCUUCGUACAGCACCGUGACCAGGAAAAGUCCAGCAGCUAUCUGCACUGCAUACUGAGACUCUGUGAGCCCAACAAAUGUCAAGAGCUGGUGGCUGCCUGUAACACCAGAAGAAAAAGGUCAGUGACUCCUUUCGGUGAAGAAAGCAGAGAAUCAGCCACUGUUUCAGUCGGACCUCUUUACACUGCUCCAGAAAGCAGGCCAUUUGCAGCGGCCUACAGUAAUGACUUGGCACCAGAGAAGGAGGCUGUGGACGUGACGGGCCUGGCGGUCGGGGUGGUGUUUGGCUCAGCGGCUGCUGCCCUGCUGGUUCUGGGCGGGUGGUUUGUCCUGAAGAAGUUUUAUUGGGCGGGAGGAUUACAUGCCUUUGAUUGACAGAUCGAGCGGCAAAUUCUCUCUGCCUUGUCACCUCAAACCUCAUAAAGCGCUGAUUGUGAUUUUUCAGUAAUAACCACAUGUUCUUGUCAGAUAAAUAUGGAAAGCAAUUUAUUACUCAGGUAUUUUGUAUAAUGUUUUUUUUAUACUCAUCUAAAUUCGAUAGUUGUUUAAUGAUAAUGAACGAAGAGUUAAGCCUGGACUAUGCAUAAAAACCUUAAACUUAACAGUUAUUUUGAUAUUUUAUAAAAGUAUAGAUUUGAUAAUAUCUUUGAGUUUUUUCUACAAUUGUAUAAGUGUCAGGAUUUUGACUUCAUUGCUUACUUGCAAAAUUGAUUAUGAAAUAGAUAAUUUGUGCAGACUUCAAAUAAAGUUUAUGUACAGUUGGUUUUAAACUCUGUGGCUGAUUGUUUA